UGUAUUCGCAUGCAUGUAACACGAAAGCACCGUUAGUUUUUAACUCUUUGUGGUCCAAUUUUUCUGAUUUAAGUACAUUUUUGUCGAGCCGCGUUCAACAUUGGACCGCAAAGGGUUAACAGAGGAUUGAUCAACGAAUUUGUCUAUGUAAUAUAAAAUGACUAUUUAUAUCAGUCACGGCUGACUUUAUUAUGAAUGAAUUUGAGUUACAGUUAAACGCUUGCUACAAAAAGGUAGCGAUUAAUACUAGAAACGAAACGUGGGACGAAACAUAAUAAACAUUAUAAACAGAAAGUAGUAUGGAAUACGUGUAUAUUCUAACAGAAUCAAAAUGCUACUGGAAAACAUAACCUUAAAAUUGUAAUUUCUAUUAGUUCGAUAAUAUUGUGAGCUAGUGUUCAAAAUUACAAAAAUGGCAGGUAGCAUGAGACAAUUAGAGGAACGACAACUUCCAGCUGAAGUAACGAAAAUGCAGUGGUCACCAAAAAUGGAUCUCCUAGCAAUUGCUAAUGUAAAAGGAGAAGUUACACUUCAUAGAUUAACAUGGCAAAGAGUUUGGUUGUUAAGUCCGCAAGAGGAAUCCGAUACUGUAGUGAACUUAGCAUGGAGACCAGAUGGGAAACUUCUUGCUGUUUGUUAUGAAGCUUCCAAAGUAGUAUGUCUUGUAGAUAUAGAAAACAAAAAUAUUAUUCACAAAACAAAAAUUAGUUUGCACAAUGGAAUCACGUGCAUAACAUGGUUGCCAUUGACGAAUUUAGAAAAUGAUAGUCAGUUAGGUAGUAGUAAAACAAAUAUGUCACCUGUGGGAGAAUAUCUUCCACCUUUGCCAAGUUUAAAUAGAAGUUUUGGUCAAGAACCUGAACGCAAAGAAUUCUUACCUCAAAAUUUAGAUAUACUUUUUCUUGGUUUAGACAAUGGAAAUGUUGCAAUGUAUGUGUUUGGAAUGUUCUACUGUGGCACAAUUACAGUUGGUCAUGGUCGAAUAUUAGAAAUUAGUGGUGGAUUUGGUAAACCAAUGUGGAUCAGUUGGAAAGAUAGUAGUGGUAUUAAAGUAAACAGAUUAUGGUGUCAGUUGCUAGAACAAAACACAGCAUUCCUAAAGGUAGCACAAGCUCAAGCUAAUAUAGAAUAUUUGAUGGAUUAUCUUUCGCGUACGUUAAUGGCAAUUUCCGAAGCAUGGGAAACAAUUCUCUUGGAAAUGGAUGAAAAGCUUGCACGAUACGCGGAAACAAAUCCACCUGGUGGAGUUGCUGCAGAUUUCUUAGAGCUGUUAAUGAUUGGCAUACCAACUCAAAACUUGGAAAAUUUUCUAUUGCGAGAUUUAACUGAGAAAGGAUUAAAAAAAUUGGGGCAUAGUAUUGAAAUGUGUUACAGUAAUAUACAGAAAUUAGUCUUAAAAAAUUUAACUAGCGUUGGAAUGGCGUUAGUUUAUCAAUUAGCUGAAAUGAGGGGAAUGGUGAGACUGGGUGGUCCAUAUGAGUUAUUGGGACUUACAAAUGAAAAUGUAAUAACUAAUGCUCUUCAUGCAUCAGAAGCUUUUCUAGCAAAAUCUUCCGAAAUUCAACAAGUCAUAGAUCACAGUAUGCGCGAUUAUAAAGCAUUCUUCCGGUGGUUAUAUGUCGUAAUUCUAAGAUUAACCGAUGAAAGAAUACCAUCUGAAGUAAGUCGGGUCAGUCAACAAGAAUUAACAUUUAUUGCCGAAUUUUUGCGUGGUUUUGACAAAACUGAACCAAGUGCUGGAGGUAGAAAAGGAGUAAAUUUAGAAAAAUUGGGCCAGUAUUUACGACGCGAAAAUUUGCAAACUUGCUUAACUCCCGAAGGAAGCGAAUGGGCAGCUAUGCUCGAUGAAAAUCAUUGUCUCCGCGAUCAUCCGCUUAUCGUGAAGCAAGAUCUUAAUUUUUCAUUAUUGCAGUCUCAUGCAAAGUUAAUAUCGGCUAUACAUAAUGUUUUUGGAGAGGCUUAUCAAGGCUUGGUUGAUCAGUUCACUGUAUCAAGUAUUGCCUUGGCACCAUCUGUGGCAUUUACAUCAUCCCAAAUUGUAACAAGCGACGAUGGUCUACUAGUAGCUACAUGUGAUGUCGAUCAUAAAAUAUUACGACUUUUUAAAGUUGAAUGUUUAUCUGUCGAACCUGUGUCGCUUAACUUUAGAUUGGGUACAAUUAAUGUAGAUUACAGAUCAGAAUCUUAUUCAAAAGUUUACAUGGAUGGUACUGUAGUUGAUCUACAGUUUUAUUCUCAGGAGUACAUUAGCUUACUGUUGCUCAACAAACAUAACCAUACAUCAUAUCUUGUACAGUUACCGGUGAACCAUUCUCGAAUUUUUGACAAUCAAGAUAAGAAUGCAAUUACUUUAGCUGACCUUUUAGGCAAUAGCUGGCCACGACCUUUUCAAGGUAUUUCUGCUAGGCGACUAGCAGUUAGUGGUGCAAGAAAAGUAGCCGCUGUUUUAAGCGAAAGUAAUAGAAAAAUAAGGUUAUUAGAAACUGAAGUCGAACCUGAAGAAGAGGAAGAUGAAGAAGAUGAAGAAGAUGGAACUCAUGAUAGUGUAUUAGAUACUACGCAUGGAACAGCGGCAAAUAUUUCUCAAUGAACUUAUGUACAUAAAAGACGUUCGAAAUAUAGUGUAAAAUAAUGUUAUUAUUUUAUACUUGUUAAAAUAAUUAACAUUUAACUAAAAUAUUGAAUCAUUAUUUAUACAUUAUAUGCAAGUAUUAGUUACGAAAUGUUUAUAUACCUUUAAUGGCUAAAUUGAAAGCCCAAUAUAUGCAUGUGUACAUAAACGAUUUAUGAUUUUAUACAUCUUGUAAAUAAAAUUUUUUAUAAUCUACUAUAAAAAAAA